CUUCUGAGAUUCGGAAACGUCCCUGAGUUUGCCCUCGUCUUGGUAUGGAUGGAGGUCGAAGCUCACCGAUUCAACCCCCCAAUCUCAGCCAUUGUGCGUGAAGCCUUAGUCAAGCCAGCAUUUGGGGCCACAACAGAUGCUUCAGUGAUCGAGUCUGAGGCCGAGAAGUUAGCCAAGGUAUUGGAUGUGUACGAGUCAAGGCUAUCGGAAAACAAGUACUUGGCCGGAGAAAAUUUCUCUUUGGCUGAUCUUCACCACCUUCCCUAUAUACAUUACCUCCUCAAAACAUCAAAGGCAGAUCUGAUUACUUCUCGGAAGUAUGUUAAGGCGUGGUGGGAUGACAUUUCCUCUCGCCCCUCUUGGAAGAAAGUCUCAGAGAAUAUAAAGUUUUAG